AUGAUGAACUCGAUCUUCCGUUCUUUCAAGGCCACGAAGCCACUCAACAGGAUCACAUUCUACCACAACCCAAAUUCUGCCGCUUCGCUUUAUCUUUUGGAAAAAUUAAAUAGAUUCUCGGAGUUGCCCUCAACCUUCAAUAGGUAUGGUGGUGCUAGUCAAGCUUUACCACCACAAGAAUUAGGAAAGUUUUCUGUGGAACUCAAGGAAUCUAAGAUUCCAACUUAUGAAGAAUACACUCAAGUGCAUGACUUUCUUCACAUGCACCCAGAGAAUGCUCUUUCCUUUGAGCAAGUAUUCCCAGUGAUGUUUGACUCUGAGACUCAUACAUUGUGCAAGAAGACUGCCACUAACACCAACAAGCAACAGAAGUUUUUGGGUGACUUGGAAACAUUCAGUCGCGAAGAAUAUGAAAUGAUUCACAAUGCAUUUAAGCAACAGCCUCACGGUAACAUUUUCCGUGCACCAUUGGUGGUUGAUUGGGAGAACUCCCUCAUUGCUGUAGGCGAAAAGGGCUUAGAUAGAAUAAUGGCAAAUUACUUGUCCUGUGGUAUUCAGGAUACUGGCAAGGGAGACUACAAUUACAGCUACAAGGCAAACAAUCAGAGGAAGAACACCGUUGAUCAACACAGCCAUACACAUGUACAUCCACAUGUCGCUGAGUUUGCAGACUUAUUUUAA